CAACAAACAAAUAUCAGUCAGCAUCAAACAUCAAACAAUCGUCAACGUAUGAUCUGUAACCAUGUAUGCGUUGCAAUUGUUUGUUCUAGUGGCUGUGCAGAGUUACGUAAGAAUUUCAGCUGAGGAUACGCCAGACGCAGGCCCUUACAAAAUUCACGUAGCAAACGUUGGACAGUGUGCCGAAGUUGGGAAAGUGUUCACCGCCGAAGCCAUAAAAGAAUACCAAGAUGGCGACCAGAACAGACCUUGCUUUACAGGAAAUGUGAAUCUCACCACAGAUCUGAACGAUGAAUAUACGUUGAAGGUUCAAGUUCAAAACAUGGUGAAUAGCUCAUGGAAAGACCUAAUGAGCUUUGUGUUCAAGAAAGCUUGCAGUGAUACCAUAAAAUAUGAAGCGAAUUGGUUUGAAAUAAUGAAGAAAGUGAACAUCCAUGUAACUGAAUGUCCCAUACCAAAGGGAUUCUACCAGUUCAAAUGCGUGUCACUUGAAGGGGUUCAAAUAGCUAGCCAUAAAACGGUAAAAUAUGGAAAGUACCGUAUCGUGGAAUCAGCUUGGGAUAAAGACACCUUACUUGGAUGCGUAACUGUAGAGGGAACCGCUUCGCCUAACUAACGCAAAGGAAUUAAAUUCUA